ACACUCCGGAUUAGAAGGUGGCGGUAAUGUGCCCACAAGCUGCAUGUCAACUAAAAGACAAAGAAAAACAGGACGAAGACAAACCAAUAAUCCUCCGAUUCCUGCUGUGACAGCUGUCGUUCUGUUGUUUGUCUUCUGGCUAUACUAAUAUAUCACCACAUUCAAAAUAUUUGUAAUCUUUAAGCCUUUCCAAAUUUGCAUGGUAAUACCGCCAGACGGCCGGACCAGCUCGCGUUAGCUUCCCUCCUGCUGACUCUUCAACCGGCAUCAACAACAACAGCUAGCUGUGUUAGCCAGCUGGCGUUAGCCGAGCUGUCUCUCCUGUCCAGAUUCCCUUUGUCUUAACAAGUCAGCUAGCUGGGAUUGGUUCUCCUCUUGGUUAGCUGACACGGGCUAUUUCACAUUUUUUUGCCUGUCGAGAUUAAAGCAAACCACGAUAGGCAGCUUGGGAACCAAGAUGUCGAACCGAGUGGUGUGCAGAGAAGCAAGUCAUGCCGGGAGCUGGUACUCUGCUUCGGGAUCCCAGCUGAACGCACAACUAGAAGGCUGGCUGUCCAAAGCAGAGUCCACUGUCAGACCUGCAAGAGCCAUCAUAGCACCGCACGCUGGGUAUACCUACUGUGGUGCUUGUGCAGCACAUGCCUACAAGCAGGUUGAUCCCUCGGUUACUCGUAGGGUGUUCAUCCUGGGACCGUCACACCAUGUGCCCCUCUCCCGCUGUGCCCUGUCACCUGCAGAGAUCUAUAGAACACCUCUCUAUGACCUGAGAAUCGACCACAAGGUUUAUGCUGACCUCUGGAAAACUGGGUUGUUUGAGCGGAUGAGUCUGCAAACAGAUGAAGAUGAGCACAGUAUUGAAAUGCACUUGCCUUACACUGCUAAAGCCAUGGAGAGCCACAAAGACGAGUUUAGCAUCGUCCCGGUGCUUGUUGGGGCCCUGAGUGAGUCCAAGGAACAGGAAUAUGGGAAGCUGCUCAGCAAGUACCUGGCAGACCCCUCCAACCUUUUCAUUAUCUCAUCCGACUUCUGCCACUGGGGUCAACGGUUCCGCUACACGUACUACGAUGAAUCUCAAGGGGAGAUCUACAGGUCUAUCGAGCAUCUUGAUAAAAUGGGGAUGGGCAUCAUUGAACAGCUGGAUCCCAUGUCUUUCACCAACUACUUGAAGAAGUACCGCAACACUAUCUGUGGGCGUCACCCGAUUGGAGUGCUUCUUAACGCUGUGGCUGAGCUGAGGAAGUCUGGUUUAGAAAUGAACUUUUCUUUCCUGAACUACGCCCAAUCCAGUGAGUGCAGGAACUGGCAGGACAGCUCCGUGAGUUACGCUGCCGGAGCCCUCAUCGCUCAUUGAGGUCAACUUCCGCCGGGGCCACUACAGCGCCGCCGCCUGGCCCCUACUAUCUAUCUUCAUCUAUCUGACCCAGACCCCCCCCCCUCCACCCUCCUGUUGCCCCACCCCUCAGUUACACCCACUAUUUGCAAGAAGGACCUAGAAACAAAGCCAAUGUAGUUUUCCUUUGCUGUCCCUCCCUCAGCUCUCCUCCACCUUUUUCCAUCCCUCCUCUCGGUUUUAAGUGUGGUGUCCCAGAAAUGUAUGGUUGAAAUAUUUAGCUUCAAGUGCAGUUUUGAGAUAAUGGAGGUGCAAAAGAUUGAAGAAGAUGGGAAGAGCGUGGGAGAUGGUACUUUGGUUAAGUUCCAUUUGGUUUUCCUGAAAAAGCAAUGGAUUUGAGUUGUAAUAUUGAGUUGGGAUCUUGGCGAUCUGUGCUCAUGUAAUUUGCCUCAGAAAAGGAGUGAAAAUAAAAUUGCGGAUCUUAAGGAGCUUUUUAAAAUUAUGCCAGAAAAAAAAAAUGGAAUUGAGUAUUUUGAGUAACUGAGUAACUGCUUCGUGCUACAUGCGACUUAAACUCUGAAGAAGUGGCAUAGGUAGUUUAUCAUUGCUCAACAUGUGCUAUUCGUUAACAAAGGGCUGCACCCAAAAAGGUUUACUAACUCCUACUGUAUAAAACCAAAAAUGUUAUUAGUUUAUCAAAUAUAAUCUUUAGUUCAUAUUUUAUUCCUUUUAUUUCUCCUUUUUUCAGUAGUUUUACUAGACGUGAUCGUAUUUACUCAAGUAGUUUGUAGAUUCAAACAAAAAGCGGUGUUGUCACCUGUUUUCAGCUCUAAAGCAUCAACGUCAUCUGCCCAAUACAUUUCUUUCAGAUUCCAGUUAUAUUAUUGUAGCACGAGAGAUAUGUUUUCCAGGGGGCCAGAAUCCAGUUGGAGAAAUGUAAUCAAAGCUGGAAAUUGUGUAAAUGACUCCAACACUGUCACCUCUAGUCUCUGUUUACACUGUCCCCUUGAAUCUCUUUAGUUGGAACUGUGGGGAGAUUUGAGUGAACGUUAUUUUGUUAAGACUUGUACGAAAUGUCUUUUGUUACUCAUUCAGUUCUGUACAACCGGCAAAGCUUUUGUUUCAGUUUGACCAAAAUGUUAAAAGCUUACUUGAUCUGCUUAAGUUGUUGGAAACGUUACGAGAUCUGUUCCCUAGGUGUUUUACAUCUUUUUGUGUCUAUAUAUUUUGAUUUAAGAAUGCCAAAAGUAAUUAGAAAUCUUUCUUAUUCAAAGAAUUUGCAGUUUAGUGGCCUCUGAGUACACAAGACUUCACUUCAGUAACUCUUGAGGCAGAAUCAUGAUUUAUCAUUUACACAACGAGAUACAAACAAGUUAUUGAUGAGUUCUAAGAUCAGCACAAAGUCAGAAUGCUUUUCUGUCAGGUGUAAGAAUCCAGCUAGAAAAGAGAUAGUUGUUCCAUGCUGUAGUUUGGAAUUUAUUCAAAAAAUAUUUACUUGUAAAGCACGAGGAUCACUUUUGAAACGGAAAAUAUGUAUGCUACGUGGUCCUGCUGCCUGAAAUUAUCCAAUAUAUUUCUAAGGGUUAACAAGCUACGCACAAAAGCUGAACGCAAAAACUUGAUGAUCCAUUGCGUCACUUUGGGCUCUCAAUGCCAACCUGACAGGCGGCACGUAAUGUCUGUUAUUUGAAUAUAGCUCACAGACCUUUACUGAUGCAGUCACAGUGUGACAAUGGUCCGGCCCUCUCUGCAACACAAGUGAGCAUUAAGCUACAACGUCUGACUGAAAGAUGAAUCCUCAGACCCGCUUGACCUCUGGAGCUAAUUCAAGGGAAACUAGAAAAGCAUGACACACUGUGCUAUUGUGCCUUUCAUCACCGUUGCACACAUACAUGUGAAGUGUAUUCUCACGUAUAGUCUUAUUGUAAUUUGUGUACUUUCAGCUUUUGUUCCCCCCCCCCCCCCCCUCCCAUGUAGCCGCCUGCUUUCCUUGUGUCCAGCUCACCCCGGCACCCGGAGUGUCUGACCCGUCCCAGUCAUCUGUAGGUCAAGAAUAGCGCAAACUGUUAUCUCCUUUCUCCAGCAGGGAGUGGUGUUCUCUUUACGCCACCUCACCUCAUUCCUGUGGAGAGAAAAAGCCUGAACCUCAACACUGUUUAUGGAUUGUUCUUCGUCUUUUCGAAAUGGUUUUUCUUUUCGCUUGGAGAAUGGGAACUUACACAUCACAAACCCCAAAUAUACUACUUAACAACUCCCUUAAUGGAGUUUUUUUUUAAUCUCAGGUUCCACUGACAAAGCAUCCCAAAAGGCUCUUGAGAUAAGGCCAUGGAUUCAUGUUACAAAACAAGUAAAAUGUACUGAAAAGCG